UAAUACUCAUGUUCUAAGUCUUUAGUUCACCGUCGCUUCUCGCCGAAACGAAAUAUUCAAUUUAGAGCGAAGCGAGAGAUCAGGGAAGAAGCAGCCAAUUCUUCUCUUCCCCAACCUUUUCCUCAAUGGCGCCGAAACCCGUGACAAGCCCCGUCCCCGUUGCCUGGUAUCCAUCCCUGUCAGUUCUGAUGCUUUCGAUCGGCCUCAUGCUCACCGCUUCUUUCUUCAUUUAUGAAGCCACUUCUUCAAGUAGGAAUCGCAGCCUUUCAAAGGAAAUUGCAACCGCUGCUCUUGCUUCAGUAUUCUUGGGUUUUGGAUCGCUAUUUCUUCUGUUGGCAACAGGUGUUUAUGUUUGAUCUUUAGAAAGAUAUUAUUUGCUUUAUUAUGCUUUGCAGUUUCCUAAUCUCGAGAAAAAAAAAACCCUAUAAAUUUAGUUGCAUGAGGAUGGGGGAAACACUUUGAAAUCUGGCUCAUUUGGUAGAUUUUUGUUUGUUCUUUUAUUACAUCUAUACAUUGCCUCAUCAGAUUCUGUUACUCAAAUGACAUUUGAGUAGAUGAGUAUUUUGCUGCUGCAUUAUGGGAUGCAUGAGGCCUAUCAUUUCAAAUGAAAGUCUCAUUUGACUCUGGGUGUGUUCAACUGCAUGGUGGUGGGUGUUUAUUUUAUGGGGCAUUUACAUACAUUCCACCGAACUCUUAUGUAUUUCAAUA